AUGAUCGCGUCCUUCUCCAGACUCCAAAUCUCGAUCUCCGAUUCUAUUUCACCUCCAUUUCUUCUGCCUAGUGAAGAUCAUUUCCAGUUCAAGUUAUACCUUCGAUUCCGUGCUCAGCCGAAAAAUCUCGAUCAAAUGGAGUGGAUGAACCGCCUUGGAGUCGGCUGCUUUUCGAUGAAUCGGAGCAAAAGGGAGCUGAAGACGGAGAUCGACAGCGGCGGAGAGGAUUUGUUCGAUGCGGCAGAGAAGCCAGAUCAUUUGGUGGUCAUGGUCAACGGUAUCAUCGGCAGCUCGGCGGAUUGGAAAUAUGCGGCGGAUCAGUUCGUCAACAAGUUCCCGGACAAAGUCCUUGUGCACCGUAGCGAGAGUAACAGUGCAACGAUGACAUUUGAUGGUGUGGAUAUGAUGGGUGAAAGGCUAGCUAAUGAGGUUUUGUCUGUUAUUAAGCAAAGAAGUGGACUGAGGAAGAUCUCAUUUGUGGCUCAUUCAUUAGGAGGUCUUGUUGCAAGAUAUGCCAUAGGGAAGCUCUAUCAACAGCCCGGCCAAGCCAGUUCUUUAGACUCGAGCGCUACAGGAGGUCAAAUUGCUGGGUUAGAACCUAUGAACUUUAUAACUUUCGCAACGCCUCAUCUUGGUUCAAGGGGACAUAGACAGUUCCCGAUUCUCUGUGGCCUUCCGUUUCUUGAAAGAACAGCAUCCCAAACUGCACACUUAGCUGCUGGGAGGACUGGGAAACAUUUGUUUCUGGUGGACAAUGAUGAUGGAAACCCUCCACUUCUUAUCCGCAUGGCUACAGAUUCUUGUGACUUAAAAUUUAUAUCAGCUUUACAUGCCUUCAAGCGUCGUGUGGCGUAUGCAAACGUGAAUUUUGAUUACAUGGUUGGAUGGAGGACAUCUUCAAUUCGCCGUCCAAGUGAGCUUCCAAAGUCAAAUCUUCUAGCACCUGAUCCAAAUUAUCCACACAUUGUAUACGUAGAGCAUGGAAAUGUGAACAAUGGUAGUUGUCAGUCGACUUCUACAGAAGUAACAGAGAAUAACACUGAUCUUGAAGAGGAAAUGAUAGAUGGACUCGGUCAACUAUCUUGGGAAAGAGUAGAUGUUAGCUUCCACAAUAGCAAGCAAAGAUAUGUCGCUCAUAAUACCAUUCAGGUGAAGACAUAUUGGUUACAUUCUGAUGGCAAAGAUGUUGUCUUCCACAUGAUGGAUCAUUUCUGUCUCUAG